CUUCCAAUUCCCACAUCCCAAAUCUAUGAGAAGGAGCCAAAGAUCAAACUUUCCGAUCUGAUUCAUCACAAACCUACGCAACUUUCUAAUUCACAACUAAUCUAUAAUUACGAGCCAGAAAAGUUGCAGUCAGUGUUUUCUCCUACCACAUUGCAACUUUCUCGGCCCCUCUUUCUCACCAGCACGUCGAGCUCCGAUCUCUUCUCACACACAAAAAAAAAAACGCAUAUUAUCGUGAAACCGUAGAAACAUAACAUCUGCGCUCUAUCACAAGAACCUAUUAACUGAACUAAAAACACAGCUCUAGCACCAACAGAAAAAGAAUCUCGCAACCCACCAAACUGCAAAAUACACAUCCCCCACAUCCACCAACAGACUGGUAAAGUUUGGCGAGGAUCAAACCUUCCAAGAAGCCUUCCCAAAGCUGUGGGAAAGACGCACGUAAGACAAUAAUAAACUCUACAACUAUUCUAGAAGAAAUAAGAACAAGACAAAAGGCAGGGGAAAGAAGUAAAAGAUAAAGUUUCCUCGUUUCCCUUGCUAUUUGUUUGCUUAACAAGGUAAAAACUUUAUAUCACCCUGAGUGUGUAUAUGUGUGGAUCUAUGUAUGCAGGGAAAUGAAGUUCGCUCUCCUCCCCCUUCACUCAGCGCUGCUCUGCAGUUUUGGAUUUCCGAUUGAGAUAGGUGGAGAUAGGCGAUUAUUGAUGAUGUGACUAUAGUUGAGUGGUACACAGUAUAUACAGUAUUUGUUCUAUAUCGCAUCGACUCCUUAAUCACUGUAGUUUUUUUUUUUCUUCUUUUUUUUUCUUCUUUCUUUGCUCUACCCGCUGUUAGAUGCCUAACACAACACAUAAGAAAAAAGGAUAAGCAACCACGAGAAAUAAAAGUAAUUUAUACGUAUACACCUUUAAGUUUCCUCUCUUCACUACACCUAUUCCACAAAUAUAACUAUUCAUUAGAAAGAACAAAAAUAUUGAAAAAACUACAGACGAACAAGACGAUGCAUCACCUCAAUCACCUUACUCUGCCUCCGCCUUUAGCCUUAGCCUUAGCCUUCCACUCCAUAAUCUUCCCUCCAGGAGAUGGGCACACCCGGUAUACCCGAAACGGAAUAAUGCCGAGCCCCAUCAACCAAAUGCGCGCGGGCUCGGGCGAAAUGGAGCCGAAACUAGAACUUGAGACCGCUGUUUUUUGUUCUUUUUUACUUUUUUUUUUUACUUGAGGGCAAGAAGAUGAACAAUUUUUGUUUAAAUAAAAAAGAGAGGAAGGAAGGAAGGAGUUGUUACGUUUGCUGAGCUUCAUUCUACUUGAAAUUGUAGGAGUAAAUAGAGUUUGAUUGGCAAUUGGAUUCAUAUUGGAUUCAUAAUAGUGACGAAUUUUUUUGGUUGGGGUGCUAGUCAGUAAGGCAGGCAGGUCAGUGU